AUGAGCUUUGUCCGGUUUCAUCAUUACUCAAAGAGGCUGACAGUGGGUGCUAUUAAGCGGGAUUUUAGCUAUGUCAAGCUGAUACAGCUUUGGUGUAAGAUCAUUAUGCCAAGGAUAUCCUGGGAAUGGGCUUACAGGUUUCAAAACUUGAAAGCACAGAUACAGCCAAGCAAGGGCACAAAAGAAACUCUAUCCAUUCUUGGCUUGCCUCUGACUCAGCAAACACCAAAGAACCAUGUCAAAUAG